CGUCAGAACUGCGCGCCUCGGCGGCGGCCCGUGCGAGAGGCCGGGGCGGGAGAGCGUCCCGGGAUGCGGCGCUGAGCCCCGCCAUGGCUGCACAUCUGCUGCGGCGCUGCCGCCGGCUGCUGCCGGGGCCCGGCCUGAGCACCGGCCGAGCUCAGGGGUCCGUCCCGAGCACCGGCCCGGUGGAGCAGCCCAUCCCGAGCACCGGCCCGGUGGAGCAGCCCGGCCUGAGCACCGGCCGGGCCGCGGGGCCCGAGCUGAGCGCUGCGGGGCCGCGGGCACGGGCCGAGCAGGAGGACUCGGAGCAGCAGCGGCUGCGGGAGCGCAUCCGUGCCGCCGGCAGCCCGCAGGAGCUGCUGCAGCUGGGCCAGGGCGCCGCCCUCAGCAGCAACCUGGCAGCGCUGGCCAUCGGGCGCCUGGCACGUGUCACCCGCCUGCAGCGCCUGGACUGCGCCGGCCUGCACGGGGACCCCCGAUUCCAGCAGCUGCUGCAGGCACUGGAUGUGCAGCUGUCGCAGGUGUGGAACGCGCCGCUGCUGCAGCUCCUGCGCAGCCUGCCGGCGCUGGGGCUGGCGCGGGGCGGGCGGCCGCUGCGCUCGGUGGAGCAGGAGGUGCUGUGGCGGCUGCGGCGCCUGCCCCUGCGGCAGCUGGUGCAGCUGGCAGAGCAGCUGGCGCCGCAGGGCCCCGACAGCGCGCUGCUGCCCGAGGUGCUGCGCAAGCUGGAGCUGCGCUGGACCGAGCUGGACGCGCCCCGCGCCGUGGUGACGCUCAUGGCCAGGGUGGGACACCUGUCCCCCGCCCUGAUGGAGCGCCUGGAGGACAAGGCGCUGGAGCUGGCGGAGCAGUUUGACCCCGACGAGCUGCGCCGCGUGGCGCUGGCGCUGGCGCUGCAGCAGCGCCGCUGCGUGCCGCUGCUGCGGGCCCUGUCCUACCACCUGCUGCAGAAACCCGCCGAGCUGCCCCUGCCCGUGCUCACCGACCUGCUCUUCGCCUUCAGUAAGCUGAGCUUCCAGCAGCCGCAGGUGCUGCACCGCCUGUCCCUGGAGCUGCAGCCUCACCUGGGCAGCCUGAGCCCGGCCCAGGUGCUGCGCUGUGCCCGCUCCUUCGCCAGCCUGCGCUGGCUCAGCCGGCCCCUGGCCGAGGCCAUCGCUCAGUACUGCCUGGACAACACGCAGAACCUGUCCCUCCCCCAGCUCUGUGGGGUCCUCGUGUCCUUCGCCCGCCUCAACUUCCAGCCCGGCUGCAGCGAGGAGUUCUUCUCCAUGAUCCAGGAGCGGCUGCAGGGGCAGGAGCAGCAGCUGGACGUGCACCUGCUGACGGACGUGGUGUGGUCCCUGUGCGUCCUGCAGCGUUCCCGGGUGUCCCACCUGUGCCAGCUGCUGUCCCCCGAGUUCCAGGAGCGCCUGCGAGGUGACAGCUCCCCGCGGGCGCAGAGCUCGUGGCUGAAGCUGCUGCACAUCAACGCCACGGCCAGGCUGGAGGUGCCGGGCUACGAGGGGCCCUUCCUGCCCCCCGAGGCGCUGGGGGGGCACGGCCACAGCGACAGGGACAGGGACAGGGACAGGGACAAGGCCACCCCCCUGCAGCGGGGGCUGCGGGAGGCGCUGCCGGGGGCACUGGGGGGCCCCGACCUCGUCCGCUACAACGUGAGCACGGUGUACGGCUGGGACAUCGAUGCCGAGGCGGUGCUGGACAGCGACAACAAACCUCUGCCCGUGAGGGACUUCGCUGCCCCCCACUUGUCCCACUCCGAGGGGACAAAGGCGCUGCCACCCGGGGCCAGGAGGGUGGCCGUGCUGCGCUGGGAGCUGCCGCACUUCAGCUCUCCGGGCCGGGAGCUGCUGGGCCGGGGCUCCCUGGCCCGAAGGCACCUGCGAGCCGCCGGCUUCCUGCUGGCCGAGGUGCCCCACCACGAGUUCCUGGAGCUGAAGCUGGAGCGGCAGCGCGUGGCCUACCUCAGGGACAAGGUGGCCAAGGUCCUGGCCAGUGACACCGCCGGGGACACGGCCACCGACACGGCCACCUAAGCACCCAUGUGGCCUCGUCCCUGUCCCAGGGCCAGCAGGUCACCGCGCAGAGGUGGCACAGCGGCUGAGCCCAGGUGGCCACGUCACUGUGUCACCGUGCCCGGGUGGGCACGUCCCCACAGCGCGGUCCCCGUGUCCCCACGUGGCUCCAGCGCUGCUGCCCGUGUCACCAACGGCCCAAAUAAAACCUGAACUGUACAGGGA